AUGUCUCGCAACCGCCCUCGUCCUAGAGGCAAUGGCUUCGGCAACAACGAGGAAUUGGAGCUCUGGACCAAGAUCUGCCAGGAUAUUCGAAAAUCCAAGGAGAAAUUUGACCAGCAAGCUUCAUUGUCCAGUCAAAUUAAGACUUUGGUGGACAAAAUUGGCCUUGAAGGGAACAAUCCAACGUUGGCCGAACAUGAGCAACUCGAUACAUGGCUACGCCUAAGCCAGAAACUCAGCGAAGACGAGCGCUCAAUUAUGCAAGAUGAGCCCUGCGAUGUAAUCAAGAAUUUAGAGCUGCUUACUGCAUUGCGCAAAGCAUCGGAAGCAGAGGCGCCACCAAAUCGGUCAGCACCAUUCACCAAAUCCCGCAAGAAAAGAAACGAGGUCGAAGGCUCGGUGACCGAUUCUCCCAGCGCUUCGGGGGCUGACAAGUCUGCGCGCUCCAAAGGGACCGUCCCGCGCAGCGCAAGCGUCUCGUCAAGCACACAAGCCCGCGAAGGCGGCCGCCAGGAUAAUGCCAUGGUCAAGGUCGAGGAAGGGCCGACGGAGGGAACCAAAGGCACGAUCGCAGAGCGGAGUGGGUUGCUGGUGGUCGGGGCUCAGGUCGUGUUCAAGCACAACAAGAAUAAGCAGGGGGUGGAAGGUGAGGGGAUCCAAUGCAUAAUCAAGGCUAUCACGGGCGAGGGGCCGAAGAAGCGGUAUGAUGUGCAGGAUCCCGAGCCGAAUGAGAAUGGCGAGCAAGGGGCAGUUUAUAAGACCACGGCUGUCUCCCUGAUUCCCAUUCCUCAGAUCAACGCCCACCUUCCUGCGUUCCCGGCUGGCAAGCAGGUUCUUGCUCGGUACCCGGAUACUACUACCUUCUAUCGCGCGGAGGUGAUGGGUGCAAAGAAGGAUGUCUACCGCCUCAAGUUUGAGGGUGAGGAGGACGACAAGGAGAUGGAAGUGGACCGGCGCUUUGUGCUGGACAUUCCUGGCAAAUAA